UUUCGUUUCGUGUCGAGUGAAAAUUCGUGGACAAGAGUUGAAAUCGUGUCGGAAUCUGGAAUUGUUGUGACGGAAACGAAGAUUUCGACGUCAUCUACGCGGAUUCAGCUGUUCGUUCAUCGACUCAUUCAAAGACUCACUUCCAAGUCCAAUAGCACGUCAGCAAAAGCCGCAUCGAAGUCCUUUUUUCUGAAGUGCAAGAAGGGAAGCCCGAAAAAUUACGGUCGUUCAGCGCGUCAAGAAGCUAAACAAAGUGGGACGGGUUUUGAAUAUUUCACGGGGGCUUCGAGGACCCAUACAGGAAAUGGCAAAACCAGUUUCCUUUUGGGCGUGAAGUUAUUUCCUGGCUCACCACCACAAGCAGGAAAUUCCGAGUUUUUCCUGGAAUUGCGGACAUUGCCACUGGAAACGCCGCGAAGAACACGAGAUCCCUUCAUGGCGUCUGUUGGGGACAACUGUCACCACAACACAAGAAAAGAGAAAGAAGCUGUGGAUCAAAAGAAUUAUAAAUAG